AUGUUGGAAAGUCCUGAGCAUAGGAGAACACCUCAAAAUCCUGCUGUUGGUGGUGGUGUACCUUUUAUUCUUCCUUUCCCUAUUCCACCCCCUGUUGCUCCUCUUCAAAUUCCUCAAGGUCCUGUAGGUGAUGAUCCAUUUGUUGAGGUUCUAUAUAAUGGUCAAAUUCUUCACCUUACUCCUGGGAUGGCUGCACAAGUGGGUAAUUUGCAAAAUCAGGCUCAUGCUGCCCCCCUUGCUGCCCCUCCACCUCUAUUUCCACCUGCUGCUAUGGUAGAUGAGGUGUGGAUGCAUAGUCGAGCUCUUUACACUCCCCCACCUAUUCCUACUGGACUCCUACUGGAAUCCCGGACUCCUACUGGAAUCCCGGACUCCUACUGGAUUCUACUAGGACUCCAGCCAAUUUCAUAUCGCCUGAACACCAUACAAAUUUUGCAUCUCAGUCCUACUGGAGUCCUAGUAGAUUCCUACUGGAAUGAUCCCAAAUCACAAGGAAUUAAGGAUUCCUAA